GUGCGUCCGCCGCGACAAACGUCGCCGGUCGCUCGCGGCCCUGCUCCUCCGUCGACUUUUACUGACGUGCUGCGAUUAGAUAGUCGCGUUGUGUUACCAACAAGCCAUACAUAAACCGCGUUGUGAUUCGUAGUGUAAAAUUAAUUAUCAUUGCACAGAGAAUUUUUCGCCUCUAUAUACGUAUAAUGCUUAUUCUAUUAAAAUAAACGAAGUUUAUUUAUAACUUCAUCGAGUUAGAAAGUAAAUAUUUGUAUCUGCUUUCCUAUCUUAGUGGCCUUGCUUGUUAUCUCGCACCGGUAAAAGCUUAUUAUCACGUUUUCAAUAGUUGUGGUCGUGUUAUUACUGUGAAAGAAUUUAUUGAAAAUAAAUUAUAUGAGCUGUUAAAUGUGACUAGAAAUAUUUUGAGUGAUUAGUUUAGAUGAAAAACAAAUCCGUAACGAUGUGCCUUAUGAAGUAAUAUAUUCAUUUUUGUUUACCGUAUGUAACAACGUAGUACGUGAAUAUAAAGUACGUGUAAUAUUGAGUCAGCUUCUAAAGAUGCACUGUUACAAAUUCAUCGUCUUACUGCCUCUGCUCCUGCUACCGGAACCUGCACCUGCUUGGAAAACUGACACGGUUAAAGAAUGGGCGAGGACAUUAGGUGAAGAAUUGUGGCGGUUAAGUGAAUCCUUGACGAAAUCAGAUCAGAUCAGGAUUAAAUAUAAACAAAUGAAUGCGAGCGUUAAGAAAAAAGAUGGAAAGCAAAUAUUGGAAUCGUCAUUAAGAUCCGUCAGUACUAUGCUCACAAGAAAAAUUAAUGCUGCGAAGUGUAUUCAUGCAACGGCAGAACGCUUAGCAGCAGAAUUUAACUACACUAUAGUGAAAGACAAGGACUAUGAAUUCAAAUAUUGUUCAGCGAAAUAUUCACAAUUUAUCUUUGAAGAUGGAUUAGAGCUUGAAAGAGAAGGAGAAUUGCCGAAAUUUGUUAAAAAUAGUACGAACUAUGAAAACAUUACGCUCGAAAAAGAUUCCCAUUUCUAUGAUAUAAGCGUUAAUACCAAUAAGAGUUGUGUACAUGUACCUACAAAUAUUUUUUAUAAAGAGGCAGAUGCAUUAGGAGCAAUAUUAUGGUCGAAGGAAUUAACCGACACUUUUAUAAGUAAUUACAAUUCCGAUCCAUCAUUAGUUUGGCAAUAUUUUGGAAGUGCUCAUGGCGUGUUGCGUUUCUAUCCCGGAAUGCCAUGGAAUACAAAGGGAACUGAUACAUACGAUUGUAGAGUCAAAUCUUGGUACAUAGAAGCGGCCACUUGUUCUAAGGAUGUGAUCAUUUUAUUCGACGUUUCUGGUUCUAUGACUGGUUUUAAGAAUUACGUAGCGAGAAGAACUUUGAAAUCAUUGUUGGCGACAUUGUCGAAUAACGAUUACGUUAACGUGUUCAGGUUUAAUGCGACUACCGCAGAAGUAGUGGGUUGUUUUAAAGGCCUCGUUCAAGCAACUCCAGAGAACUUGCUCACCAUCAGUAAUACCCUGGAGCCAACGGAUAACGGCAAGAAACAUAAAGUUCCACUGGAAGGCAACGCUAACUUGACGACUGCUUAUAUUACAGCUUUCACUACUUUAAAAGAGAGAAGGCAAGCGUGUAACGUUAGCAGCCAGCAAGGCUGUAAUCAGUUGGUAAUGGUUAUAACAGACUACGUUCCCGGAAAUCUCACUGAAGUGUUCGAGGAGUACAAUAGAGAGACAGUCGGUGGCAAGACUUAUAUACCAGUUAGAGUAUUUACUUAUCUAAUUGGAAAAGAAGUUACAAAUGUUCGAGAGAUACAGUGGAUGGCUUGUUUAAACAGAGGUUAUUUCGUACACAUUCACUCAGUAGAAGAAGUCCAGCAGCAGGUCUUGAAGUACAUCAACGUAAUCGCUCGUCCCAUGAUCCUUGCCGGUGAAAAUCCUCCACCCACGUGGACUCACGCUAACAUCGAUGAUACUAGAACUGCAAAAUGGAACGUCAGUAGCGAUGUUACAACGCCCGAUGAAGAUAAACUGGUGACAUCAGUGGCAAUUCCGGCCUUUGAUUACAAAUACAAUGAAGAACACAAUGACGCCAUUUUACUGGGGGUGGCCGGCACCGAUGUUCCCAUCGAUAGUAUAGCAAAACUAGCACAGCCACAUCAACUUGGUGUAAACGGAUAUUCAUUUAUUGUGAGCAACAAUGGGUAUUUGCUGUUACAUCCACUCUUGAUAACAACGAUAAACAAUAAAUUACAAGAGAAUUAUAACAGCGUAGAUUUCGUAGAAGUGGAACAAGUGGAUGAUGGGAAAGGACCAAGAGAACUGGGCGAUAAAAUAAAAGAUCUUAGAAUGAAUUUAGUUGAAGGAAAUCAUGGGAGCAUGACCAAUGUUGAAGUUCUCUUUCAUUAUGAUAAUAUGAGACGGAUUGCUCGAGUGCAACAUGACUAUUUCUUUAACAAAUUGGAAGGCACUCCAUUUUCGAUGGGAAUUUCUUUGCCCAUGGGAUAUGGAGAUACGGAGCUGAUGUUGAAAGAUAAUCCUUUGGAAGCAAAACAAGGCCAAGAGCUUAUCGGUAUCAAUGUUACCAGCUACUUCAACUUCGCUUACAGGGUACACCGUGACUGGGUAUACUGUAAAUACCAUUAUUUGGAAGGUCACGAAUCUGAAAACGCAGAGGUCGAAAUUUUCAAGUUUCUUGUUAAAAUCUCAAAGAAUGAACUUGAUAUAACUAAAAAACAAUAUGGUGAAGAAACACAGAACCUUCCUUUUACUGUCGAGACACAUUGUGGUACGACACCAUUGGGCAAAGACGAUUAUUACUGCAACGAAGAUUUAGUCAAACAGUUGGUCUUCGAUGCUAAGCUCUCGGCUCCGUAUUUUAGGACUUGGGAGGCCAGUGAUGAGGAAAAGGCCUUGGCCCUGAAGUACAAUGUUAGUGUUCGCUUCGUAGCGACAUCUAGUGGCCUGACCCGCUGGCAUUAUAUUUUUGAAGAUGACAAGAACGAAAGGGUUGACGAAUUAGGAAAAAGGUCGAAGGAAUAUUCUGGCGAAGUUUUUGGCGAUAAAUACUAUAAUGCAAUUGAGGAAACCUGGUACAAAGCUGCAGUUUUACAGCACAUGAUUGACAAAGAAUCCUUGGUUAUAUCAACAAAUCUACCGGUACUCGAUGAUACCAUCAAAUCUCCUCCUCCUAUAACUAAUAAAGAUGGCGAUAUUACAGUAACAGCUAGUUACGCCAUCUUCUACAAGGACGGAGAAUCGGAGACGCCUGCUGCAGUAGUAGGAUUUCAGUACUUGUAUUCGAAUUUCCAUGAAAUAUUUUUCAACAUGACAAAGAAUAACGAGGAACUUUCAUGCGACGAAGAUGGUAACUAUAGAUGUUUCGUCAUAGACAGUUCUGGGUAUGUUGUGGUGAGCUUAGACAAGUCAGAAGUGGGACAGUUCUUCGGUGUCAUUGAAGACUUAUCUGGAGUUUUACAGUCUCUCAUAGAUAAGAAGAUAUUUGACCACGUUGAAGUUUUUAAUUACCAAGCCCUUUGUCCUCUGUCUACGUUAAAGGAGACUAGUAGUGCCUUUACACUUGAUACACCUUUUAAAAUAUUUGCAAAUUUUUUCAAAUGGUUGUUAACUGAGGCCUUGUUGAUAAUAUUCAAUGUUUUCAAUUGGAAUAAUUAUGCGUAUUCUGAAAAUUAUGACUAUGUGAACGAUUAUCCUGAUUUACAAACAAGCAUGUAUGAAGAAAGUACGACAACAAUGCCACCUAAAAAGAACAAGACUGUAGAAACAAACGAUAAUGGAGAAUCAAAUCUAUUUUCUUGUGAUCAUCGAAUUACAUUGUACAUAUUAAAUCAGUCUUACUUCAUACAAUCAAUGGGUCUUUAUCCCGUAGUGGUGGAAGGAUUUGGGGACUGCCAUCCACCGUAUUGGGCAACAUUAGUCACUAAGACUAAUUUGCUCUUGUUGGUAGUUGAAAAAGGGCCUUGGAAUUACAAGUAUGAUUGUAAAAAACCGCCCGAUACAAAACCGAAGCCAACAAGUAAUUCUACGACAAGUAGAGAUCCUUGCCAUAAAUUAGAAUUAGGGCAAUUAUAUAGACGACGCCUCGAAGGAUGUUAUACUUACCAUGAUAAGGAGAGAAACAUUACGGAGUGCGGUAUCGGAAGUCUUACGAAAGCUAAUGUUUUAUUAUAUACAAGUAUGAUUUUAUUGUUAAAGUUAGCAUCAAAGUUAUUUUCUUGAUUAAAUAAGUUUUUGGUACUAAUAUCCUAUAGAUUUGUACCUUUCUUACUUUCACAAUAAAAAUUAUUUACCCUU